CCACACGCAUGCGCAAUCGUUCAAUUUCAAGUGGCGCGUAAAUUCAAGAGUAUACAGAAGCAGAGAAGCUUGCUGUUAUUUUCACAAAAUUUAUUAUCAGAAUUUUAAGAUACGUUGAUUGCAGAGCCAAGAUUGUUUGAGUUAUGGAUGGUGAAACAAAUAGUCGGACAGAUAUGAGAGCAGAACCCGAUGUCAACGAGAACGCCGCUAUUCCGACAACAAACGAUCACGAAGCCAUGGAAAUCGAACAAGUCGCCCAAGAUGGCGCCGAGUUAGAACCUACAGUUGAGGCGAAUAACCCUGAGAUAACCACACAACAAACGCCGGAGAACACAGAAACAGCUAAUUCUGCGGUAGAUAUCACGCCUCUGGCUGUAAGAACGGUUCAGUUAGUAAAUCAAGUGAGAGAUUCGCCGUAUGAGUUCCAACCAACAAAAGGCAACAAGAAGGCCAAACUUGCCAAGUCACCGCUAAAAUCACCUGAGAAGGAUGAUGAUGCCCAGUGCUGCCCCAUAUGCUUCGACGCAUGGUCCAACUCAGGAGCUCACAGGCUGUCAUCACUCUCAUGUGGCCAUUUAUUUGGAAGGAGUUGCAUAGAGAGAUGGCUGAAAGCUAAAGGUGGAAGUGACAAAUGCCCUCAAUGUAAUGCACCAGCUAAGAAGAAAGACAUUCGCAACAUAUAUGCAAAGGCUCUAAAGACCAUUGAUACUGCUGAAAAGGACAGGGCACUAGCUGACUUGGAAAAGGAGAGGGUGCAGAGACAGAAGGCGGAACAGGGUGAAGCUAGGGCUUUACUCCAAUAUCAGCUGGUCAAGGCGGAGUGUGAGAGGAUAAAAUCACAACUACACCAGUAUGAGUUACAGCUUGCAAGGCAAGGUCCUCAUUCAUGCACAUGUGGCAAGCAACCAGUCACUGGAACAAGGACCCAUGGGCAGUCUUCAAGCCAGCUAUUGACUUCCAAUAAAACAUAUGUGAUGCAGAGAUCAUUCCAAGUUGCUGCUGGCGGAGCUAGGGUGAUGGCAUUUGAUGAGCACCAUGCGCUCCUAGUAGUGUCCAAACCAUCUCCAAAUCAGCUUUUUCCUGGCUAUGGUGUUGUCAAGGUUAGCUCUCUUGAUGUGAAGCACUCUGAGUUUGUGCGCAUUCACCAGAAGCCUAUCAGAGAUGCAUGUUUCAGUUGCCAAGGCGAUGGCUUACUCCUGACCGCUGGGAUGGACAAGACAAUUCAAAUCACAAGCAUGCUAAGCAAUACUGUUGUCCAGACAUAUACAACCCCAGUUCCUGUCUGGUCUUGUGCCUGGGAUCAAAGUGACACCAACUACAUGUACUGUGGAUUGCAAAAUGGCUCUUGCCUCAUCUUUGAUGUGCGCAAUACCAGCACUUCACUCAAGAGUUUGAAAAAUGAGACAGCUAGCUCCUGUCCAGUGGUAUCACUAGCCCAUAUUCUACCCAGUCAGACAUCCAAAUUAAGACCUGGUGGGAUCCUUGUUGGUAAGCUGGAAGGAGCUUGUUUCUGGGAAAGUACUUUUGGUGUUGACUACCUACCGCACUUGCUCACUCUCCCAGAGGGCUCUUGCACUGCUUUGUCAUUUGAGUCACAAAGCCGGAAGUGUAUGUUCUCUCUCAGGCCCUCAAAGAACUCGCCCAACACAAGACAUGUGAUUUGUGAGCUUGAGGGUAAUGGAAUUGGAGUAUCCACAACUCGAGGCCAGGCAGAGAAUGACCCUAAUGGUACCAACACCACCGAUGCCAGUACAACUGGAAGCAGCCUCUGCACAUGUAAUGCCCUGGUACAGUGCACAGGAGGUCCUAUCCAGAAAUUGUUAAGCAGGCCAGCUCUCUUUCCGCAUCCUGAUGACGGCAACAGGCUGUUAGUGGCAGCUCCAGAUGAGGCCUCAAAAUCUACACUGAUUUGGGAUGGGAAUGUUGCAAAACGCACACAAAAGCUUCCUGACCAGGGAGAGCCAGUCCUAGACGUCAAGCCUUUUGCAGUCAAUGGAAGCCAGUUCCUUACUACAAUAACAGAACAAAAACUGAAUAUCUAUAAGUGGCAGUAAUUUUUAUAACUUCAAAGUACUUACAAAUACCAGAACCCAAAAAAAAACACACACAACAACAACAAAAAUAAUAAUAAUAGAAUGAAAUGUAUAAUGAUGUUUUAUUUAUAAGAAUAUUAUAUACAUAUAUUUAUGUAUGUACAUUUUAGUGACAGGAUAGUAUUUUUAUCCAAAAUAGAAUUGAGGAGAUAAUGGGAAUAUGGGAACAUAGAAGAAAUAUUGUGUGUUGUAAAAUAUGAAUUGUACAUAGUGUAUAGAUUGUACUAUAUAUAUAUUUUUAAAGGCAAUCUAAAGUCAUAUUGACAGAAUGUAUAUGUCAUCAGGCAUAAACAGUAAUAAAUGUGGUCAACAACU